GGCUCUCUUAAAUUAUCGCGCAGCUCCCGCAGCGGAGCAUUAACUCCCCCCUCCGCUGAGUCGCCAGGGCGGCACUACAUCAAUAAACCGAGAAUUGAACGCGUACUUGCUCAGUUAUGAUGUUCUCUUAAUAGGUAAAACAUUUUUUUACAAAAUAAAUCGCUGAACAGCGUCGCUGACUCCUCUCGUUCAGCCUGUAGUUAGCUUAGCUCACUAACAUUCGCGACGUUUCGGCAGGCGAGUAAAUGGGAUAGCUGUUCCUCGUUGCGUUUUACCGCAAGAGGCAGUUCUGCUGUCUGUCCGAGGCUGAGCCUGUCCAGUCCGCGUAUACCUCCCUGUUAGAGAGCGUCAUGGAGCCGCACGGGGCCGCGGGCUGCGUCAACAUCGGGACCUUAACGAGCACUCUGCCGGUGAUCCCCUACCAGAAGCUGACGGACCUUUACUACCUGAGCAGAGGGGGCUUCGGCACCGUCUUCAAGGCGCAGCACUCCGACUGGAGAACCACCGUGGCCAUCAAAUGCCUGAAGCUCGACUCGGUCGGAGAAAGAGAGAGGAAGUGCUUGCUGAAGGAGGCCGAGGUGCUCCACAAAGCCAGGUUUAACCACAUCAUCCAGAUUUUUGGCAUCUGCAACGAGCCCGAGUUCUUCUGCAUAGUGACAGAGUUCAUGAGCAACGGCUCUCUGGACCAGCUGCUUCACGAGAAGGAGCUGUACCCAGUCCUCGCCUGGCCUCUGCGCCUGAGGACUCUGUACGAGAUCGCCCUGGGGGUCAACUUCCUCCACAACAUGACCCCGCCUCUGUUGCAUCACGACCUGAAGACGCAGAACAUUCUGCUGGACGGAGAAUUUCAUGUGAAGAUCGCAGACUUUGGUCUGUCCAAGUGGCGGCAGCUGUCUGUGAGUAAAGGCUCCGGGUCCAAGCCCACUGAGAUGGAGGGCACCGUGAUCUACAUGCCCCCCGAGGAGUACGACCCAUCCAAGACCCGGCGGGCCGACGUGAAGCAUGACAUGUACAGCUACGCUAUCAUCAUGUGGGAGGUCCUGUCCAGGCAGAUUCCAUACGAAGAGGUGACCAACCCCAUGCAGAUCAUGUUUGGCGUGCUGCGCGGGAAGCGACCCGACACCAGCCAAGACAGCCUGGCCGCCGACAUCCCCAGUAGAGACACGCUCAUCAGCCUGAUGACCAGCGGCUGGACCUCCAACCCCGACGAACGGCCCUCCUUCCUCACGUGCUUGAUCGAGCUGGAGCCGAUGGUGAGACGGUUCGACGAAAUUGACUUCCUGGAGGCUGUGCUGCAGAUCAAGAAGUCAAAGCUGAGUCGGAGUUCAGGCUGCUGCUCAGCUCAGCCUCCGAUGUGUAAGAAGAGCAACGAGGCCGCGUCUCUGAACGACCUGAAGGAACCCGUCACCCCGUGGCCUUUGGGAGCCUCCCAGGCCUGCUGCUCUGGCUUAUACUCCCCCCAGGAAGAAAACGUCUCUCUACCCGGCGCGCUCAUCAGCACCAGUCCUGCUUCCUCUGAACAGAGCCUUCCCUCCUCCUUCAUCGCUCCUAACCUGGAGCAUCCGCAGUCUCUGAAAGAUCCCUGUGAGGUCAGCAUUCCCAACGGCUUCCAGAGCGCCAAACCCAUGAACGACUUGAACAUUCCCGUCACGCCCGCCAUGCCCACCAUGCCCACCGCAGAGGCUGGCGCAGCCAUGCAGAACCUCAGCCUGAAAGUCGAGAACUCUCCGCCCCUGCACCAGUCCCCUCCCUCCCGGGGCCCCGUCGCCCACUGGAUCUCCACGCGGCGCGAGGACAUCGUCCUCCAGAUGACGGAGGCUUGUCUGAACCAGAGCCUGGACGCGCUGCUCGCCCGCUCCAUGCUGAUGCGCGAGGAUUACGAACUGGUGGUCAACCAGGCCACGCGCACCGCCAAGGUCCGCCAGCUGCUCGACAACUGCCACAAGCACGACGAGGACUUCUGCCGGAUCGUCGUGCGCAAGCUGGUGGAGAACAACCAGGGAGGGCUGAAGCCGUACCCGCCCGAGAUCGGCUCGCCCGUCUCGGCCGCCGUGCCCAGCGCGCCGCCCUUCUCCGCGUCCUACAGCAACUACAGGAACUUUUAGCAGCAGCAGGCGGGAAAAAGCAAACGGAAACUCUUCAGGUUGACGGCACGACACUACAGUUCAUACUCCGUGGUUCUGGUCUCACCAUAUUCACCUCACUUUCUGACCUGGGAAGGUCAGAAGGGAAGAGCUGGCUGAGCAGGAUCGGUUACCGGUACCAACCCAAUAUUCACUCUGAUAAUGAGAUGUUUUCAUGAAACCAAAAGGCUGUAAGACUGUAUCAGUGAUUGUAUUCAAAAUAGCUUUGAUUGGGGAGGAUUCAGGUGGACUUAAAGUAGAGACGCACCGAUCCACUUUGUUCACUUCUGGUACCGAUACCAAUAUCUGAGGUUUAGUAUUUGCCGAUUUGAUGAAGAAAAACAGCUGAAUUGUCUUAAAACGUUUUCAGGCUUCAUGUUUAGUUUGCGGCGCUGAUUCAGAGUUAAUUUGAUAACUCUGCAUCAGUGCAGCUCACUUAAAUACACAAACCGCUUCACAAGCUUUGGUCAAACAUGUAAAAACAACUUUCAUUUGUUCAGUCAGUGCAAUUAGGAGUAAAACAGUCAAUGUAAAAUAAAUACAUUGACUGAAAGAAACUGAAACUGACAAAAACAAUAAGUUGACUACCUUAGUCAAACAACAAAUCUUCCUUCAAAUGGUUCAGAAAGUGAAAUCAGGAAUUCUAAAAAUAUUGUAAAAAAAUUAUAACGCAUGAUGUCACUCAGAACACAAAAAAAAUGUAAUUAGACUGAAUAGAUCUGUCUUUAUAGAUCGGACACAGACGCGCGAUUUAGAAUUUUUUUCAAUAUCGGGACCAAUAUAUUGGAUCGGUGCAUCUGUAAUUACAGGGUUUAAUUAACAGCAGUACCAACUGCUGUUUGAGUCUAACUCAGAGUGUGUACAGACCUCCUUGUUGGUUCUUAUUUAAUCAGAUCGAAGUAGCAGUCGUAUCUGAAGGUAGUAUUUAUUUCUCUGGGUUGUUCUUUGAGGUUUCAGUCCAGUUAGUAUUCGUCCCUCAGUCUCUCUCUGUGUGGGUUUAGUCUGGAAUACAGAGGCUAAAUAUGUCGACACGUUAUCAUAAGUUCAGAUUCAUCUUCAGUCAUUAUUGAUCUUGUAUUAUAAAACCCAGAAGAAGAGAUGUGUGUGUGAGAGUGAUGGAUGUUAAAAGUGGGCCAAGAUGAUCACAGAUCUAUAUUAUUGGAUUGGACACUGCCUAUUAGCCGCUAUAGCUAGAAGCUAAAGCUAUUUUACAGAAAUUGGUUUAACCAACUUUGGUGAAGUUUUAGCCAAAGCUGGUUGCGGCGCACGAUAGCAGAGGGAAAAUGACGCUGAAAACCAACUCAAAACUACUCGUAUUCUGCUUUUCUCACACAUACCUGUUGCCAUAGUAACCAGCCAAAAACAGCUCCACUAGCAGACAGAGCAGAGAUUACUUUCAAGUGUAUGAGGAUCUACACACUAAAAGAGCGUGCAAACAUUAAACCACCCCAAAAAACAGGACAUUCAGUGAGUUACAGUUUUAUGUUUUCAGGCUUCAUGUUUAGUUUGCGAUUACUAAUAAGUGAUUAUGAGAACUGGCUCAUUUAAACUCCUGCUCUACUGAUGAUCUGUCAGACAUUAGCUGUGUGUGUCGCCUUAUUUUGACGUUAACUGAACCAAAACACCAAAUUCCACAGCACCGCUACAUGUUAAGGUUUUCAAAGUCAAUCUAGCAUGACUGACCUGCCUCCCACUUUCUCAAAAAAAAAAAAUGUUUUCAAUUAAAACUUGUUACCGACCUGUUAACUAGAUCUUGUUAUCUAGUAGCCAUUGUUUUGACAAUUAAUAGCAAAACAUUGCGGCUCUUUUUCAGAUUCUUUGAUUGAUUUAGUCAUUUUCCCGACUCAGUGCUUAGCAACAGUUCUUGUGUGUCGCACAAUAGAUGCUUGACGUCCAGUCCAGUAAUAUAUAUUAUCAACGGUCUUUUUUUUCUGGGGGUUUUUUUUUUUUUUUUUUUUUGCCUCUCCUCACUCAGUAUUCUUAUAAUUAUGUAGCUUUGCACCUUUCUGAACUCCUCCAGAAUUAAUUUUUUUCUAAAAACUCCCAUAUUGAGAGGAUUAAUUAUUCCAAAAGGCACAUCUGAAGAAAGGCCUCCUCACUCUCCAGGUAGCAAAAGCUAACCAAACUUCACUGUACAGGACGUCCGACUAAUACUGAACGUUUACUCUACUGUAGCAGCUCCAAACAGCAGCAACCUUUGUAAAUACAACAGAUUUCCCUCUAUUGGAAAGUGAUUAGUAGCAAUCAGCAGGAAUGUUCAGCAGCAUCAACUUCCUCUUUACAUGGAAAGCUGCAGUGCUUCUGCGAAAAUAUGGAAUUCCUUUUCAUAGACACUUUAUUUUUGUAUCAGGGCUGGUAAAAUAUAUUUUUUUUUAGACAAAUUUGCGAAUAUGAGUAAAGCUUUUGUGCAGCAAAAAAAAUAUCUUACUAUAGUAGAAAAGUCCAACCUUUAAUUUCAGCACACGAUGGGAAAUAAACAUCACCAUCCACAAGUUUGAAGAUACAUGGAUGAAGUUACAGCAUUUAAUUUCCCUUUGGGAUAAACAAUGUUUUUUUUAUAUAUAUAUAUAUAUUUGAAUUCAAUAUUGGAAAUAAACUUGGAUCGCAAUUUAGAAGAUCUUAGAGGCCUGAAAGAGAUGCAUGGAUUUUCAAGGGAUUGUUAGGGAAACCAAGUCACUUUGUUGGAAAUUAUUUUCUUAAAAUUAAGAAAUUAAAGGUUGGAUUUUAAAAAUAUCAGAUUGAAUUUAUAUUAUAUGAUUUAUUUGAAAGUCUUUUCUUGACCAAAUGUUCCUGCUGCUGCAUCUUAUUUUAAAUGCAUUAAGGGAGGAGACAAAUUGGAUCAUUUCCCAUGAUUUAUUAUGACCAUGAUGAUGAUGUCACCAAAUGGUUUUUUUGUUUCUAUUACAAGUCUAGUACUAUCACUGACCACUUCAUCAUGUCGUAUCAGUUGCUCAUCUGUUAAACCAUGAACGAUAUUCAUAUAUUCUGUUAUUGAAACAAUUGAACCUGCAAAAGUAAUAACAAUCCCAAUCAUGCCAUCAGGUUUCCAUCGCUUUCUCAUUAUUAUCAUGUAAUGACUCAUUCAGUCACACUGUGUGUUAGAGAGAGAAAUCGCUGUAAAACAUGACUACUUAGUUGACAUUUAAUGCCAAUAAUGUAAGAAUCUUCUAUAAUUAGUGUUUGCUACUGUAAGCAGCAGUCUGUGUGUGUUUCCUGGACAAUUCACUGUAAUCUGUUCACUUCCUGUUUUAUCCUUGUUUAAUAGUAGCAAAUAACACACGAGCUUCAAACGAUGUUUCAUUUUUAAUCAGCUCACUGGAAAAACAACAACAAAAACGGUAAACUUCCGAGUCUUCCUAUAGCUUCCCCACCGAAGUGUUGUCGUCACGGCAACCUGGUAGCGCUCCUGCGGGGAACAUGAUCGGUUGUUUCCCAGCAGCUGGUCAGCGGUUCGCCCCGAUCCGUUUCUGUAGAGCCCAGUUUGUUUGAACUAGACGAGAUUUCCCACCGCUAAAUAUCAUUUUUCAGUCCAUCUAAAAAAAAAUUUUCAAAAUACUUUAUAGCUUAAUGGUAUGAAGUUAAGCAACAAUUUGCACUUUUCGAACAUGAUGUGAUGUUUGGCCAUUUUUUUUACUUACUGUCGUGAUUGAGGCCUUCGUUUUCUCCAGCAGGUGCUUAAAUUCCAGUUACUGCUGGGGGAAUUUUCAACUUUCUUCCACACCUGCUGCCAUGACGGAAUAAAAAUCGUCUUGGUCACAUUUCUGGGAAUAAAUACACACAAUGUCUUCUUAUUUUGAUGCCAAGACUUGGUUAUUGCCCAGACUUGAUCACAACACAUAAAAAAAAAUGAUUACAAGGUGGCCCGUUCUUAAAAAGCAAUGUCACCCCCGAAUCAUUAUUAAAAUGCCAAGAUAAGGACCAGGAGAGGUCCAUAUUCUUCCAUACGGUGGACAUGUAUUGCCUUGUCUUUGAAAACUGUGCCUCACGUUCUGCUUGUGGUCUCGACUCUAAUAAUAAAGUGAACAACGUGGAAAAGCUCUUCACACACAUAUCAAGCAAAGUCGAGGAAUAAAAUGUGACAAAUUUGAUGACUCGUAUAUGUUGUUCUAUAUUUUAUACUGUAUGUGAUAACUGCAUUAUUUUAAGUAUUUGUGAAGUUUGUAUUUUUGUGAAAAGUGAGCAGGGUUGUCUUUUUGCAGAACUGACCUAAACUAGUUCAUCUCCGCGGUCGACGGUCAGGAAAUGUUUAGGUUGACGUGUAGCUGCAACUGAGACGUUUUUUUUCCAAAUGCAAUAUCAUUUACUUAAUUCAAAUAAACAUUCUGUUUUUAGCUCU